CGAUCUUAUCCUUAUUCGAUAGAAGUAGACCUACCUGCUCUAUCUGAAGUGUCUUUACUCAAUACUGAUGUAGACUAGACCUAGUACCUGCUCUAUCUGAAGACACUAUCCGUGUUCUAUACAUAGAAGUAGAAUUACCGUAGAGCUGGACGAUUACUUCUGUUUUUACAACAACUACUACCUAGGCCUCUCGAUGGGAGGUCUUUGUAGUAAGAACGGCGGCAAUGCUGUUGUGCCGAUUGGUGCGACUGAAGUGCUCCGCAACGCUCUCGAUGAUGCAGUGGAGCGACCUACCUUACUGCAGGGACAGGCGCAUGGAGGUAAAUAAAUACAAGCUUCUGUUGAGCGACAGGCGCAUCUACCGCCUGUUCACAGCAUUGGAACUACUCAUCCGCCUUGGAACUAAACCUCCACCCCCUACUCAGAGCCUUGGUCUACUUCCAGCAUCUGCUAAGCUCGCAUAGACGUUUAAAGAGAUCACUCGGGUCGUGUUAUUCAGAGCUUAGUUGUCGCUGGGAGGCUCCUUCGUUGUAAUUCAGAACACGACUCUUGUUCAAUCGUCUCAAGCACUUCUGUCGGCCCAUCGCUAUUCAGCAAAAAUGUUCUGAUAUUAGCAGGUUCAUCCUCUUCACCAGCAAAGCCAGCAGCAAAACCAAGCGCGGAGGCCGAUUUGCGAGGUAUUUAAAUUGUGUCAAACACAAAAUGUUUUUACGAAGCAUCUCGGCAUUGAAUUCGAUAUGAAGCUAAACAUUCUUGACUAGUGUAGGAGUAAGUAGUUACAUUCACCCAUGAUACCGUAUAUACUAUAUCUUUGUCCUAGGUAGAAGAUUUAAUGGUCUUAGUGUCUUUUGCUCUUAUGCAACACACAGGAGGAGAAUUUUCGUCCGUUGUCCCGCCUAAUGUCGUGACAACGAAUGAGCAAAGCUCAGGGUCAAGAGCUGCUCCUGCGGAAUAUAAAAACAACGAACAGGCGAGACAUGUGGCACAAGCGAACACUUCGAGGCAGAUAGAAGAAGAGGCACCGCGUUCAGCACAGGAACAACAAGGAGUGUUAUGAAGGGUGUGAGAAAGACAAUUAUCCUGAAGGAUGUCGUGACUCUUGUCAUUGGUAGUUGAAGCAUUUGAUUACAACCUCCUCUCGUCUAAUCAGACUAGAAUAGACUACCUUAUUAGGGAUGCACAGAAUAGAAUAGACUACCCUAUUAUAGCCAACAUAAGGGAGAGCCAGCAGAACCUACUUCAUCGGCGGUAGCAGACACAGCGAGCGGAGGUGGGGCUGGUACAUCCACUGCAGCUUAUUUACUAGGUAGCGCUACAACAUCCGCUGGACAUGCAACAUCAGUAGAAGAUGACACUUCUGCAUCGGCAGGAGAAGGCUCAAGAGAGAAGAAAAAGGAGCUGGGAGAUCCAACUACGCAAGAACUCGCUUCAUCCAAAAAAGAAGCUGAAGACAUGGUUGAGAAGAAGUAUCCAAUCGCAGCACAGGAACAAAAUCACAAUUAUCAGCAACUUACAAAAGUAGAGCAGCCCAAUUUUAUGGUCAACAUUUAGUGUCCGUCAUUCUCGGCAUCUUGGUCCCCUUUUCCCUUGUGUUCUCGUGAAAUAUAAGGCGAAAGGGGUCAAGAUGAGGGGACCGAGAUGCAUUCUAGCACACGCUAACAGUUCAUCAUCAGAUGAUCCAGCAGUAGGGGAGAAACCGGAAGUAGAAAAGACAUCGGGAGCGGAGGAGGCUACACCACGAACAGAGAAGUCACAGGAUGGAAAAGAAGUUGUCGCUGAACCAGUGGAGUCAGACAAAGGCAGUAGAGGGGCUGAUAUUAUGAUAACUGGGUCAUUUGUUCAACUUCAAAUAGUGUAGAAUCCAAAGUAGUGUAGAAAAUCGAAAGGAGUAUCGAGCGACAAGCACUAAAUCUCUGAGUUUAUAUAUGAUCCGAGUAGUAAGUAUUUCGAAGUAGAAUAUUUAGUUCAUAAUUUUGGACGUAAGCAAGUCCUCGAUAACGCUCUCAUACCUCCACGUGGUAGAGAUCAUGACCUAGAACGAUGAUUAUAGUGACGAACCUAUUCAUACUACCGACUGUGAUUGAUCCACGUAUCACCUGUAUAGGUUAUACACUUCUUCCGGCCAGUUUUAUACCGUCGCAGGAAAUGUUUCGUCUUGCUGGUGAUCUUGUGCAAUCACUUGAGACGUAAUGAAUGAAUCAUACUACCUUGGCAUGCCGUUUCAUAUGAUUAUAGUCCUUUCAUAUUAUCGCAGCCUCCUGUGGUCGUAGCUCCCACUGGUGGAGAGACCAGCGCGCCAGCAGCGGCAGAGGGUGCCCAACCGCGAAUCACCUUCCAGUGCAACAUCAUGAAAGUGCCAAGCGUGAGUGCGUACUGAUGUGAUUCAUAAACUAUCAUUAAGGGUAGGUUAAAGGUGCUUUUGUUACCGUUUGUUAUGGCUCUCCUGAGGGAGACAGGCAUAACAAACGGGAUAAACGAGCACCAAAAACCUAUCUCUAAUACCAACAGUGCAGUUUCUUACUUAGUUUCGGUUUUCAUUGUUGCAGUUGUUCACUCUGUUACCUCAAUUAGUGCAUACUGUUACCUCAAUUUGGAUUCAUAAAUGUCAUAGUAUAGUUGAUUCUUUGUUUCAUGCUAGGAUUCUUCAUCACAAACACACGAGCCCAGAGACAAAUGGAAGAUGAACAAUAGUGAUUGGAUUCCAUCGAGUUAGAUGGAGGAGUACUAUUCCUUUCCCAAUCCCAUUGCCUUACAAACUUCGUAUAACUUCGACUCUAACUACUACCUAGGUACGACACUUCAAGUUUCGGUGAAGGGAUGAAGGAGCUUAACAUAGUACCGGAUUCUGAGUCGGAAGAGUCUAGUUUUUCAGCUUCAGAACCCGAAUCUCGGGAAAAAUCCGUGACCGUCGCGCCAGAUGAUGCAGUUGUUAUGGCCAGUGUCUUUAUUCGUGCACCAGCAGAAGGAGCAUGAUUAAUUACUAUGAGUCUUUCUGUAGUAGUCCACUACUUGACAUCUUAAUAAUUGUUCGUGCCUUACUAUGGAGCUUGGUGUGUUGCGUUCAUCCGCGGGAUAGCGUCUUGGAAUAUCUGAGAACCUACUGCAAGUUCAAGCAGAGGGAUUCCAUAUUUAGCGGCAUACACUACAAGAAACACGGAAUACUUUUGCUUCUAACCCAAACGACGCUGUAACCGAAGCGGUGUUGUCGCAGCUCUAUACGGAGCUGACGACGUCUCGAGCAGGUUAAGUUGGUAGCGCCUGCAAGCUUUCAUGACUUAGUGGGAGGGGAGUUCGAAAGGUAAAGCCGGUGAAUGAAGUAGUCGAAUAGCUACUACGUGAUGUUCAUCACGUAGUUGUGAACAAAACAACUUCGUUGUCUACAGUCGUGUGGAAGUAAGAUUUUUUGUGCUCAUAAUUUACUCAUUUUCAUUUUCAUGGGAAUCGUCAUGUCAUUUUUCUGGCUAGAGUACGUAGAUAUAGUAGGUACAGUAAUUGUAUUUGUAAUGAUGUAGUGCGUGGUGUAGUGCGUGGCGCACACGUCGAGGUACAGUAAUGAUGUAGUGCGUGGUGCACACGUCGAAGUAAAGAUGUCGAUAUUUGAAGGCUUGAUAUGUGGCUGACAUGCAAUCAACCGUGAAAAAAUGUAAAAAAAAGUAUCAACCAUUUAGUGAUCUUACGUAGGUGAAACAGGUAUACAAAAUUAGUUUCUAUGUCAUAGAAUAUCUAGCUAAAACAAGAUAGAGGAGUAGAAUGUGGAUGAGGGUUUUCUCUACUAGAUAGUGGUAUCAGUUAGUCGUUUUCUCAUUUGUUGUAUAAUUGUAGAUUUUUCCUCAUAUAUGUUCGUUGUAAAGCUGAAGGCUUUCUGCUUCAAUGUUUUUUUACUAGUUCUAGCAAGUUGCUGUUCUCAUUCUUAAACAAGUUGAAGUUUCAGUUGUGUUACAUAGAGAACACCUAGUUGUUAGUCUUUUCCACACUAGAAGUACUACAUAAAUCAAUGUAAAAGCAAGGUCCACUCGAUGCUGUGCCUUCUGAACAAAUGCAGACAUGAAGAGCGAAACCCACCAAGCGCUUUAUGAGAUGAAAGAGCAUGUGGUCGUAGACUUCUGUACAAAGGAAACUGUUUAGAAAAUGCAAGAAAAUCAAAAUUGUUGAAU